AUGGCGGAAUUGAAGCAUGACACCACGAAGCUGGCUAUUACGCUCGUGGACUACUACACCAAAACUAACAAGAAUGGAGGUGCUUGGAUGACGCUGUAUAAUGGCCAGAGUCGCCUUUUGCAUCAGAAGCCAUUCAUUG